AUGUGUAAGAAAUUUGUUCCUGACUUCGAAAAUAAAACAGUAUCGGAGAAAAACGAAAGUGCAACACAGUUACAUAUGAAGUGGAAGAGCAUUCGUGACUGUUGCACAAGAGAACUCAACAAGAGAAAAGCCUCAAAAAGUGGUCCUCUUGCAGAAACCCACAAACAAUAUUUAUAUUUCCUAUCACCUGUAACUGCCACUAAACCACCAGAGUUGGAAGAAGCUGAUACACAUACUGAUGAGGCAAAUAAUUCUGAUGUACAGGAUGGAGUUGCCUCCAAUUCCCGUAAGAGACAAAAGGUGACAGAUGAGGAGAAAUUAUUUCCGGUACUUGCAGCAAACAUCAAGGGAAAAAAAAACGCAUCAAUGGCCAAAGCAGAUGACCCUGACAAACAUUUUCUCCUAUCAUUAUUAGAUGAUUUGAAAUCUGUGCCACAACAUUUGCAAAUGGAUGCUAAAUUUGAAAUAAUAUCAGUUUUGAGAAAGCACAGCUGGUCUUACAGUUCGCUAGACAACUAUAAUAUUCAGUUCAUUUCACAAAUACCAAUGCCUGUAUACUCAAAUUCACCCAUAACUGUACCUGCAUCUAAUCCAAGCCCAUGUACAUCAAAUCGUGAUAGCACACUUCUACCUGUAUCAUCUGAUUCACAAGUGGUCACUGAUUUAUUCUCUGGGUAG